UUGGCAGAAGUAAGCCAACACUGUCGGAAAAGAUGGAAAGGGCAAACAGAAAAAUAGAGGCACGAGGCCACUGGGGAAGUAAAACUGAGUUCCUUUUAGCUGUGGCAGGAAAUGUUGUUGGCCUGGGCAACGUAUGGAGGUUCCCGUACCUCUGUUACUCAAAUGGAGGGGGAACAUUCUUGAUACCAUAUCUGGUGUUUGUGGUGACAUGUGGGGUACCCCUGUUCUUGAUGGAGACAGCAAUGGGACAGUAUACUCAAGAGGGUGGCAUAACAUGCUGGCAACGUCUUUGCCCACUAGCUGAAGGUGUUGGCUAUGCAGGUCAGUUGAUUUUGCUGUACAGUUGCAUGAGUUACAUCAUAAUCUUGGCUUGGGCACUGUUCUACUUGGCAUUCUCCUUUAGUUCUCAACUGCCCUGGGCAAGCUGUGGCCACAUGUGGAACACAGAUAAUUGCAAUUUUGCUGGAAAGAACUUUGUACUUAACUGGACAGGACAAACCAAUUCAACAUCAGCUGCUACCGAGUUCUGGGAACAUAGGGUAUUGUCUCUUUCUGGUGGCAUAGAAGAGGUGGGUAAUGUCAACUGGGAGAUUCUCCUGUGUUUGAUUGCUAUGUGGAUCAUCUGCUAUUUUUGCAUCUGGAAGGGAAUCAAGUCCACUGGAAAGGUGGUGUAUUUCACAGCAACAUUCCCCUAUGUGAUGUUGCUAGUGUUGCUGAUUCGAGGCCUGACUCUUCCUGGAGCUCUGCAGGGUAUCAUGUUUUAUGUGUACCCUGACCCCCAGCAUCUGCUUGACCCACAGAUGUGGAUGGAGGCAGGUACUCAGGUCUUCUUCUCAUACAGUAUAACUGUGGGCUCAAUAACAACACUAGGAAGCUACAACCCAUACACAAACAACUGCUACAGGGAUUCUUUUUGGUUAUGUCUGUUGAACAGCUGUACCAGUGUGGUAGCAGGCUUUGCUGUGUUUUCAGUACUGGGCUUCAUGGCUCAUGAGCAAGGUGUCGCAGUAGAGGACGUAGCAGAGUCAGGACCUGGCCUAGCUUUUAUAGCUUAUCCUCAGGCAGUGGCUUUGAUGCCUUUACCUCACCUCUGGGCUGUAUGCUUCUUCAUUAUGAUUCUUCUUCUGGGCCUGGACACACAGUUUGUCUGUAUGGAGGUGAUCAUUACGUCUGUGACAGACAUGUUCCCAACAGUGCUCCGCAGGCCUUGGAGGAGAGAGCUUUUUCUCCUACUCUUCUGCCUCUUCUGCUUCUUCAGCCAAAUCGUCAUGGUUACCGAGGGGGGGAUAUAUGUGUUUCAGCUGUUUGACUACUACGCCUGUAAUGGUGCCUCCCUUGUCUUGUUGUCUGUGUUUCAGUCACUGGCUGUUGGCUGGAUCUUUGGGGCCGAACGCAUGUGUGAUAUCAUUGAAGAUAUGACAGGGUCGUAUCCUAAUUUCAUCUUUAAGCUGUGCUGGAAAUACCUCACCCCUCUCAUCUCUUUGGCAUCAUUUAUCUAUUCGCUGGUGGAAUACCAACCAUUGAUAUUUAACCGCUGGUACAGGUACCCAGUCUGGGCAUACAUGCUAGGCUGGCUGCUAGCUCUUUCCUCUAUUCUGUUGGUGCCUGGGUGGGCACUGGGUCGUUUAUUGGCAAUAAGAGGAAGCCUGAAACAGCGCUGGCUUUACCUGUGCAGUCCUGACAGCAACCUGCCUCUGACCCGGAAGCAGAGAGCUGAAAUAAAGGAACUGACUGUGUCUGCAGAGACAGAGGACCUGAUAAUAAUCAGUGAUGGAGAGAAACAAUGAAAUGUGCAAAAUUAAACAAUUGUAUUCUUCUAUAUGGAGUAAAUAACAUUU